CUGUGAGUGUCGUAUAAAAGGCGACCGAAACCUAUGCCUGCGUUCAGUCGUCGCUCGCAUCGCAAACGUAUCACUCAUUUGACGCACAUUUGUGUCGCAAAUAUAGUCCGCAUUUAAGCGCCGCUGAAGACAAGACUAUCACCGCAAUGGGUCCGCAACCGAGCGCUGGAAAGGCGGUCAAGAAGGCCGGUAAGGCUCAGAAGGCUGUGCGCGCCUCCGACAAGAAGGGCAGACGCCAUAAGCGGAGGAAGGAGUCCUUCUCCAUCUAUAUCUACAAAGUGCUCAAACAGGUCCACCCGGACACCGGUAUCUCAUCGAAAGCCAUGUCUAUAAUGAAUUCGUUUGUGAACGACAUCUUCGAGCGCAUCGCCGCCGAGGCCUCCCGUUUGGCGCAUUAUAACAAGCGGUCGACCAUCACGUCACGGGAGGUGCAGACGGCUGUCCGACUCCUACUGCCCGGAGAGCUCGCCAAACAUGCCGUCAGCGAAGGCACCAAAGCUGUCACCAAAUACACGUCCAGCAAGUGA